AUGGAGGGAGGGCAGGAGCCAGAGUCAGAGCCUGAACAAGGGGACCCAGCAUGGGUACACAGGCUCCAGGUGGUCAAAAAGUGCAUUCUGGCCUAUGCGUGCAAGGAGAGCCCGACCAAGCGGGAGCCCAGGACCCUGACUUGGCCACUUGGCUGCCAAGAGGGCAACUCAGAUGGGCAAGCAAUCAACCCUUCCCGGAGUCAGGAGGAGUCUGUGGAUGAGGCCCCCACUCCUUCUGUGCUCCCCCCAGGAAGAGGCAGGGAAGGCACUGUCUGGAUGCGCUUCCAGCUUCGCCGCGUCGCUGCGGACCGCGUUGCGGUACAGAAGCGCAGCCAGGCGAUCGCCGCAAACCCGACAGCUGCUCGGAACGGAACCGCAGACCGCCUUGGCGCGGGCCGGGGCAGAGCAGCCGUGGCCCCGCACGGAGCCAGGAGCCCAUUCUACUCUGGAAACCGAGCUGGGCCGCGGGAAGGCACUAGCUGGGAGGUGGAUGGUCAAGGGCCAGGGACCCGCGGCUCCCGACUCGGCUCCACACCUCCGCGCCCUCCCGCGCCGGCUCCGAAAGCGCCCUGGGCGCGCUCGCACCCAGUUAUCCUGCCCGACCUCGCUCUGCAGCCCGCCAGAGGUCUGGCGGCCGCUCCCGCGUCCGGGAACCCGAGCUCGGCAGCGGACGGCGCGGAUUAG